UAUUCGGGGCGGCGCGUCGUCGUCGAGGACAGCAGCGAUGGUGUUCCAAAACAAAAAUCUCAACAAAAGGAGGGCGACUUGAGAGCAAUCGAUGCUGGAUUUCGGUGUGGAGCGCGGCGUUCAGCGCAUAGUUCGAAGAAAAAAAGGAGCGGACGGAAGCAGAAAAGGACUUCGAGCGAGCUUCCUUGGGACGGAUUUGACAGUUUCCUCUGUGAGAGGCGAACGAGUGUGGGGUUCGAAGGCGAACGUGCGAAACAAAAGGAGUGACGAAAAAGAGAGGCGGCGACCUGCUGCGGACGAAGACGGCGGUUGGUUGCAAAAGUUGUGCAAGAGGAGAGCUCCAGGUCUUGUGCUGCCCGACCGACGGGAUUUUUCACCAGAGAUAGAGAAGACCUGGGGCUUGGGGGGGAGCGGAGGCGGCCGACCAACAGGAGUCCAGGGAGAGAAGGGCGUGGGUGCCAAGCAUCUGCAUCUCGAUAGCUUCACGUUUCUGGCCAAUCACGCCCCCUGCUGUCAUCUGUUCCUGGUGGCUUUCAUCUCGGCACCACUUGCGGCCCAGUGCGCCGGACAGGGGUCGGCCAGGAACAGAAAAGCCCUCAGCCCAAUCAGAGCGUGCCAAGGGAUAUUUCCCAAGAGCACUAACACCAAAGCGGUUGACGAAAUGACAAACGUUCCCCGCGACGCCGCGACGCCGCCCACCUUCUGGCCGAGUGGCCCAGGCUCAAUCGACUUUUCCCCAAAGCUAUCCCAUCCCCCUAAGAUUGGAUAUCUAGAAAUCUGUUUAGCCUCGAUCGGGAACCGCGCCCGAUUCGAUCCGAAGGUUGUGGCGGUUGACGAUGUAUUUUUCAGUUUAUUAAUCCUGUCGUCUUUUACUUCUCAUUUGCCCGUCGAUAGGUGGAAAGUCACAAAAGGGGGACGAGCCACAGAGACGCGGUUAUAGAACCAUCUGAGCAGCUUCAACUUUGCAAAUUGCCUGGAUCACCAGCAAAUCCACCGACCGAUAAAAGGAGGGCCUGCGAAAUUGACCAGCCGCCAAGCGGCAUAUGGCGCUGGGAAAGAGAACGAAACAAAAGCAAAUGGCAGCGUGGCGUGGGUGUGCGGCGGGCACAGCAGCAUGCGAUGCCAUAUGGGGUCUGAAGGCAGAUUGGGUCGGUCUUUGGAA